AUGUCUGGCUUUGGUUUGGAUAGUCUUGUGGUUGGGAGUGCAGACCCAAAACGGAAGGCCCUUCUGAAAGGGCCACAGUCCCGCAACUGGACCUCAUUUAUUGAAGCUAUCACCGCGGACGGCCGUGUCCUUACCCCUGGCAUUAUCUUUAAGGGCAAAGAACUUCAGAAACAGUGGUUCUUGACGGAAUUCGGCAAAAUAGCCGACUGGCAUUACAUAACGUCGCCCAACGGAUGGACGGACAACCAUAUCGCUAUUGAGUGGCUUGAGAGGAUGGACAUGGAAGUCAUGCAACGCAUGCAUGGAUGGCCACAUGCUUUUUGA